CAUGCAAUUUCUAUUGGUCACGCUGAUCGCCUGCAGCUUGGCGCUGGCUCAGGGCAUGGCGCUGUAUGCCAACUAUCCGUAUGUGUAUACGGCGCAGGGCUCCGCUCUGGUUACGCCCACACAGCAGCAGUAUAUGACGCAGGAUGUGCUUGGGCAGUAUGCCUACGGCUAUGCCGAGCCGCAUUCCAGCAAGCAGGAGGUGCGCAGCCUCGAUGGGAUCACGCGCGGCAGCUACAGCUAUCGCGAUGCCGCGGGCAAGCUGCAAACUGUUGACUAUACGGCCGAUGCGAAGGGUUUCCAUGUGGCAGCCACCAAUUUGCCGCAGCGGCACUUUCGUGCGCCAAGCUCGCCAGCUGGCGACGCCCGCAGCGCCGGCUCAGACAUUUCCACUGCUGCAGCUGCCGCUGCUGCCGACAAUUCAGCUGACGCCGUCGAAGUUGCCGCCGCCGGUCAGAGCCAUUUGGCGGCUCAUGAGGCGGCUCGACUGCGUCUGGCGCAGGCUCAGCAGUCCAACAGCCAACCAACAGAUCUGGACCUGCCUGUUCCCGUUGCCGACACAGCCGAGGUGGCCGCUGCCAAGUCCAUUCACCUGAAGCGUGUCGCCUCCGAGAAGCUGCGCAACGAGCUCCUUAGCGCUCGCUCGGCUCCAGUUGCCCGCAGCUCCCAUGUCAUUCUGCCCGUGCAGUCGGUCUAUGGCUACACCAUUCCACGCUACUACUACUAUUCAGCGCCACACAAGAAACCCACCAAAAAAAUACACAUAAAAAAAGAAGAAAAGAUGCACUCGAUCAGCUUCUGUCUUAAUCUUUGCCUGCUUCUGGGAGCCACACUGGCGCGCUCGGCAGCCCUGCUGGAUUAUGGCGCUCCGCCGGCGGCGGGCACCUUCAGCCAAUACCACAGCCAGGAUGAGCAUGGACAGUAUGCCUACGGAUAUACGGCGCCGCUCUACUCCAAGCACGAGACACGCACAGCGGAUGGCGUCACACACGGCUCCUACUCCUAUGUGGAUGCCAGGGGCGAGCAGCAGACGGUCAACUAUCAGGCGGAUGCCAAUGGCUUUCGCGUCACGGCCAGCAGCCUGCAGCAGCAGCAGCAGCAGCUGCGACCCAACGAGGAGACAGCCGAGGUGGCUGCGCUGCGUGCCCAGCAUCUGGCUGCCCAUGCGGAGGCCAAGCUGCGUCUGGCUGGCGGCGACGGUUUGAGCGGCACUGUACAGGAUACGCCCGAGGUGGCCGCCGCCAAAGUUGCCUUCUUCAAGCGCUUCGAGGCGGAGAAGUUGCGCAAUCAGCUGAACAAGGUCGCGACCACGACCAAAUCUGCAGCUGGGCACAGUCACAACAUUCUGUCGCAGCCACUUUAUGUCUACCAGCCCGCGAGUGGCUACAUUUACAAGUACAACUCCCUGCUGAAGGCUGGCUCGCCCGCGCGUGACUAUCUGCCAGUGGCUUGA